AUGUCUUCUGGUAAAGCCCCUUUGGUGGCAACACCUCAGCAGCAAUCCACACCACAGACGUCAUCCGAGCGAGCACCACCACCACCAUCGCAACAAACACCCUCCCAACCACAGCCUAUUCAGACCCCACAACCGCCACCACAACAACAACCUAUCCCAGCCCAGAUUCAUGGCCAAGCUCAAGUAAAAAUGCAAGGACAGGCCCAAGCCCAAGCUCAGGCACAAGCAUUGUUCAGACAACGACAAUAUUUGCAAGCCGUACGAGCCGCUGCUUUGCCUCCCACUCCCGUCAUGACAGGACAAGUCUCACCGGCUGUAUCUGCGGUUUCCAAUGGCCAUCAGGUCAUGCCAUCUGGAGCACCUAAAGUACUCGCUGCAUCAACGCCAACCCAAAGAACGCCGUCCAUGGGCCAAGCUGUGCUUCGCCUACUCCAAUUUGCCGAGCAACUCAAUCCUGGUGAUCAGGCAGCGGAUCGUGUAUUUUGGGAUAGUUUUGUGGAUGAAUUCUUUACAAGGACAAGUACACUUAAAAUGGGACUCUGGAAUCGAGAAUCAGGUGCUCGACAGCCCUACGAGGUGAGCCAGGUGUUGAUGGCUCGGUUUUUUCACACCCAAUAUCAGUGCAAUGCCAAUGCAAUUCAGUUGACACUCGAGCAAACGAUGGAAUUUAUCAUGCCCCACGGUGUCAUGAAUGUAGAGUGUCCUCGCGCUAGCCUGAUUCAUCAUUAUGAGAAUGGUACCGUGGUGUUCUCAACCGGGCAUCUGUGGGUUCAGUUCACAAUGACUCAGGACGGCGUAUGGAAGAUUGAACAUUUGGACUUUACGUGUCAGGAUCAUAAUGAAUAUGUGUCUCGUGGCCAAGUCGCCUCCGAUCUCGAAUCAUCCACAACACCUGUGUUGAAGCCAUCUCCUGUCAAUCCUUGGGGUCUUCCACCCCGAGUUUUUCACAUGUUGGAGAUGGCCAAUGUGAUGUCCGACCUUGGCGACGUUAUUUUUCAUUCGCAUGUUACUGGAACCGGAGGACGAGAAAGUUUGGCCGCCAUCGCCCACACUUACCAACAACGACUUAAUCAGGUGGCUUCUGAAACUGAUGUCAUGACUGUAAAACAAGAACAGGGACAAAAUCGAGCCGUGAGCACUCCGCCACCACCCGUUGUAAAAACACAGAGCAAUCCACGGACAACCCCGCAAUCGCUUCAAUUUCAACAAGCUGCUAUGCAGAUGCAACAGCAUCAUGCGCAACUGCUUCGACAACAACAACAGCAGCAGCUAUUGCAGCAACAACAGUUGCUACAACAACAACAGUUAUUACAACAACAGCAACAGCAGCCGGCGCCGUCAUCGCAACCGUCCGUUUCAUCUGCGCAACAGAGUCCUAUAGUUCAUCCCAAUCCUUCUCUUCAAUCACAGCAGCAACUACAGGCAUCCAAUUUCCCUCAACAACAAGCAUCACAACCGUCAUCGAAUCAAUCACAACAGCCACCGCAGCAACAGCAACAACGAGUGAUGAUCUUUCAACAGCAGCAGCAGCAGCAGCAACAGCAACAGCAACAGCCACAACAGCAGCAACAGCCACAACAGCAAGGCGGAAAUCAAGCGCCACAAACACCUCAAUUGACUCCCCAACAACAGGCACGAGCUGGCCAAACUGCCUAUUCACAACAAGCAGGAUACCCGUCGCAACAAAAAUCGCAAUUUACGCCGCAACAAGCACACGCUCAAGCAAAUGAUCAGUUUGGUCAGAGCCCUGUGAUGCGUAAGAAAUCUCGACAAUCCGGCACACGUGGCCGAUCCAACAGCAAAGGCACUUACCAACAAGUGAUAGGAAAACGGAAAGAUUCGGCUCCGGAAGCAAAAUCACCUGUCAUGCGAAAAAAGCAAUCCACUACAACGCCAAUUCCCACUGCAAGAAAAUAA